UAAAAAUAAAGCCAAAAAUGUUGUGGUGAAAAAGAAUGUAAACAAACAAAACGGAUGUGGUGAGAAAAACCGCGGUUGGCGGGUGGUUCCCGUAUCUUUUUACCGGCUAAUCUGGUUCUGAUUAUCUUUAGGGAUUAGCUUCCGCAGGAAAUGCUACGAUAUAGAGGAGUUAAACAGGCCCUUGAGGCCGUAUCGCAGUUGGAUGCAUUCCCAAAGGUGAAGGAAGAAUUCGUGGAGGCCACGCGAGUCGGAGGGACACUAUCUCUCAUCAGUCGGUUAGUGAUCAUAUUUCUGAUCUACCAUGAAGUUACCUACUAUCUGGAUUCGCGACUGGUGUUCACUUUCAAACCGGACACCGACUUGCACUCAAAGCUGAAAGUGCACAUCGAUCUGACGGUCGCGAUGCCAUGCAAAUCUAUAGGAGCCGAUAUCCUGGAUUCGACGAAUCAGAACGUGUUCUCCUUCGGUGUGCUGCAGGAAGAGGACACCUGGUUCGAACUAUGCCCCAGCCAACGGGUACACUUUGACUACAUGCAACACCACAAUUCCUAUCUGCGGCAAGAGUAUCACUCGAUUGCCGAAAUUUUGUACAAAUCCGACCAUGCUGUUGUGUACAGCAUGCCGGAACGUGUGAUAAUACCCCAGCGGCCACACGAUGCGUGUCGCAUUCAUGGUGUGCUAACGCUGAAUAAGGUGGCUGGAAACUUUCACAUCACCGUUGGUAAAACGAUUCAUUUCGCUCGUGGUCACAUUCAUCUGAACAGUAUCUUUGCCAACACGCAAACGAACUUUUCACAUCGAAUCAAUCGCUUCAGCUUCGGUGACCACACUGCCGGCAUCAUCCAUCCGCUCGAAGGAGAUGAGAAAAUCUUCGACAAUGGCCAGCUAAUGAUGCAGUAUUUCAUCGAAGUUGUGCCAACCGAUGUGAAAAAGUUCUAUUCUCAUACCAGAACGUACCAAUACACGGUUAGAGAAAAUUCGCAAAUGAUAGAUAUCGAUAAGGGAUUGCAAGGUGUCGCUGGCAUUUACUUCAAGUACGAUAUGUCCGCGCUGAGGGUAAUCGUGCGCCAGGAUCGCGACAGUAUUGCACAGUUUAUCGUGCGCCUAUCGUCCAUUAUCGCCGGUAUUGUCGUAAUAUCGGGACUGCUCAGCAAAGUUGCACAUCUGCUCAUGGACCUGUGUUGCAGCACAAACAGCAGCACCAAACUGGCAAAACCGGAUGCAAUAGAACCGAGCGAAAAGUUCGUCAAAGGCUCGAUCAUAGUUAGCUAAGUUGGCCUGGAAGAGGGACCCCAACGAAGGGAAAUGCGUCUCUAUCACAAACAGAUCGUGAUAACAUAAGAUCUGCUAUAAAAAAUAUAUUGAUAAGAAGGCACGGCACGCCAAACUCGUCGCAAUGUGGGCUCGUUUUUGUCUUACAGAGUAGAGUGUACAGGAAAGGUCUAAAAACAGAAAGCAUAUAUGUAUAUUCCUCCACGGCCACUGACAGUCCCGCACGCAUUCCCGUCCCUUCUAGGCGUGCAAUAGCUGCAAUAGGCGUAACGACGCAUGCCUUUGUGAAUCAAUGAACAGUCUUUAUCGUAGGAUGGAUAAGCGGCUAUCGGACACAUUCUUACCUCACAUGAUAAGAGAAAUUGAUCGAACUUUGUUAUCAUUGAUUUCCUGUGAAUUCGGCUGGGAGGGAAACCAACAGUCCAAGCCUAAUUGAGUGCAAGAGGUAGCGCAUACGGUACGAGUUCUUGAUCACUGCAUUUGUUCAUUGGUGUUGCAGUAAGUUUCAGUCAUUUUCACACAAUUUGUUAAAUAAAUAUAUUCAGCUGGCCAAUUA